AUGUUUAACUCAGAAGAUAUUCAGAAUCAUGAAAAUUUAACUUUUCCAUUAAUUCAAAACCCACAAAUUGAGCAUGAAGAUGAUUAUGUUAUUGAAGGCAGUGAUGAUGAAUGGGAUAUGUACGAAUCAGAAUUAGCAUAUUUGUAUAAAGUCUUAG